AUGGAAGCCACCGACCAAAUAUCUAGCCGAAGAAUCCACAUAGGCAAUAUUUCACCAAAACUUGCCGAAAACGCGGCACUGCUUGAGGUCCGUUUGGCAAAGUUUGGCACAAUCACCAAAUCACUUCUGUUUCAUACAAAACCAGUCAAUGAUUUUUACUUUGCAUUUGUCGAGAUCGAACUCUCUGAAAAACUGUUUGAAAAAUUGAAGCUGUCUCUCAAUGGAAUUCUUUUUAUGGGUCGCAAGCUUCUGAUUUCGUUGGCUAAGCCAGACUUCCAGAAAGCCUGGCUGAAAGAUUCUCUGCGUCCUGAGACGUCCAAGAGAGUGCUUGAGAAACAAGAGGGAAUAGCCCGUGCCAGAUCCCUUCGCAUAAAAGAAUCGCAGACUUCUCAUUCCAGUAAUAGCAUCACUAGUUCACCCAUUUAUAAGACGAGUGUUGUGGGACCUAACAACUCCAGUAUUGGUUUUUUCAUGUCAGCACAUACUCACAACAAUGCGAGUGCAAACACGAAAAAUAAAAGUCCAUCGCAUGAUUUGAUUGGUGCCAAGUCCUAUGGAAGUACUCUUGUGCCUAGGGGUCCAUUCAGUCAACAGUACUCCAGAAGCAAUGGAGGUGGAGAAGUGAUCAAGGGGAGAAUUAGAAAAACAGCCAGACCCGAAAUCUACUUCGUCCGAAAGCAGCAGACCAUGCGUACGCUCAUUAAUGGAGAGCUCAAGCAAAUUAAAUCCUACAAAACCAAGCUUUGGGGUGUGGAAAAGAACAAAACGGCCAGAGACCUCACAUACAGAUUUCACAAUAAUGCAUGGCACAGUGGAGACGAUCACAUUGUGGAGAGAGUUCAUGUCAAGAAAGCAGUUGAAGGAGCAAGCACCGCUGAAAUGGCUGAAGAUGAUGCGAAUGUUCAAGAAUCUGUAACUGAAAGCUCUACUUAUACCGACGAGCAUGCCACCAAUUCAUCAGUGCUUGCUAAGUUUUUCACCAAGUACGACUUUGACAAGCCUGUGGAAAUAGAAGAAGAAUCAGAGGAGGAAAAUGUGACUUAUGACAGUAAGGGACGCAAGAGUGUUGCACAAUAUGAUUACGAAGCGCAGGGAGUUGUUGAAUUUGGUGAUGAUGGAGAUGACAUAGAGGAUGUUCUGCAAGCCAAAUCUUUUUUGGAGACAUACAAGGAAUCGCAUGAGAGACCAGUUGAAGAAGUGUACUAUGAUGAGGACGAUGAAGGAAACGACCUUGACUUUGACACUCUAGGACAGCAAUAUUCCACCGAGGCUAUCAAGCAACAGUAUGAUGAGGAGCAUGAUAUUGAAAUCGAGAAAGAUAAGGACGAAAAAGAUAGUACCGGCACUGAACAAAUUGAUGAUGUUGAGGACCAGAGUAGCGAAGAAGAGGACUUGAUGCCCACUUUUGGCCAAGUUUCCAACGAUACCGAAACCCUUCGAUCUUUGUUCAAUCAGGACAAGAUAUCUACGCAAGGAGGCUUUACGCUCGCUCUUGACGAGGAUGAUAUUGAUGAAGAUGCACAAAGGUUGGCAGACGAGGAACGUGAGAAAUUGCUUGAGCAGAUCAAAUUGAAGCAAAAGGAACAACUUGAGGAAUCUGUCAGUGAGGUUACUCGUCGUGGUGGAUUCGGAUUGUUCUGGACACAUUUCGAAUCUCCUUUCCUUCAAACCCAGACGCAGUUAAGCAAAAUCGGACAUAUUGGUGAAACCAUCAGGUUGCCCGGUGAAGAGGAGGGCAAAGAGCUGGAAAUUCGUGAUGAAGGACAUGGUGAAGAAGAUGCCUACGAACGGUGGUUUUGGUCAGUGAGAGGAGAGGUUGGACGUGAGUGUAAGAGAAGAAAGAGAGAUGUCAUGAGAACAUUCAAGAAGAAGUCCACUAAGCCUUCUGUGUAA